AUGUCAGAAACUUCCAGUCAAGGAGUGGCUCCAUCUCUUUAUAUCACGGAAGAUAUAGUCGUCGCAUUAACAAAAGCCAUUGAAUUACACUCUGUGUAUUUCUCAAACCAUAUCAACAUAUUGAAUAAAUUUAUUGGGCAUCUACGAAAGGUUUCCACCUUAAGAUUUGAAAGAACUACAUUGAUCAAAUUCGUGAAGAAGCUAAGGUUUUUCAAUGAUUCCCUAUUGAAAUUUGACAUUUCUAGUUACUUGGUUGAGGAAGAUUUAUCUGCCCUUUUAAUACCGCUGGGGUCUUUUUUUAUUAAAUGUUUGGAGACUUUCGAUCUGCUAAAUUAUUAUUUCACCCAAUCUUUGCAGAAGGAAAUCAUAGCAAAGACUCUAAAUACAAAUUUGAAUUUAAGCACUGACACCAUCAUCAUCAUGGAUGAUACUUAUAAUCAUUUUAUUAAAUUCAGUCAAUGGUUGAUAGAAUCGUUGGAACUAGAAAGUCCGUUGCUGAAUAUGGAAAUUAUUGAAUUCUCUCGUAAAUGUGCUAUCGAAGAUGGUACCCAGCAGGAAGAGACAGAUAACAUUUUCUUACAGGAGGUUGUUCCUGUAGAUGAUGAGGAGGAGUUCGAAUCUUUAGCGAAUCAAUGGACCCAGAUUCUGGAGCAGAAAUUAGAAAUUUUGCAAGAAGAAUUUGAAGAGACUGCAUCCAAUUGGCAUGAAAACUUUGGGAAAUUCAAGAAUCAAACUUAA